AUGCGCUGGGCAAGCGAGCAGUUUAAGUACUUAGCUUUCGAGCCCAACUACCACGGUUAUAACAUGGUGUUCAAAAAAUCAUCUGACAAACCAUUCGAACAACUACUAGCGCUUGACUGGCAUAAGCGUCUAUGGAUGUAUCAAGAAAUCGUCUUGGCUGAUGAAAACACAUGCAUUAUUAAGCUUGGUAAUGAAGAGAUGUCAAAGCAUGGAUUUGCGAAAGGGCUCUAUCUCGCUGCAGUUGCCAGGUGCCCACCGCCAGGCGUUCUGGACGUCUCAAUAUUCAUUUCUAAUGUCAAUUUGAUCCUCCCUAAGUUCAUGUCCUCCUUUUUUGAUUACCGAGCAAAUUCGGAUGACAGUUAUAUUGAUUUUAUGUCAUUCACCAAACAUUAUGAAUGUUCCGAUGUCCGCGACAAGGUGUUUGCAAUUCAAGGCUUUGUGGAGCCUGAUGUUGCUCAGUCUCUCAAACCAGAUUAUACAAAGUCCGCAAAGGAGAUUUUCACUUCUAUUUGUCUCGACCAUAUCAAAAGGAUCAAAGAUAUUGAGUUUUUGAACCAAUACAAUGCAGCCGGGAGUCCAAGUUGGGUAGCCGAUCUGGAGAGACCUACAAGCUGGGCAACCAGCGACGACCAUGUCACUGCACACUCGCUCCCUUCAGCCUAUCUAGUCGAGCCUAGUAUAUUGGAGGUGGCAGGCAUUGAAGGAUCUGAACUAUUCAAUGACCCUGUACCAUUAGCUGGUAAGCCACAUGAAGAAACUGAAACCGAGUACUGA